UCGAAAAGCUAUCGGAAGCUAUACAGUGACCGCCGCCUGGUGAGCCAUCUCGAUAUCGUGAAUGAGCUCGACGGACACUCAGGAUGCGUGAACGCGCUCGCGUGGUCAAAGAGUGGCAACCUGCUUGCAUCUGGCAGUGAUGAUCAGCAUCUGAAUAUACACACGUACCAGCCUGAGGAUGGCAGUGCGCAGUUCAGGCUCAGCACGACCGUGGCCACUGGCCACACACAGAAUAUCUUCAGCGUGAAGUUCAUGCCGCAUUCGCAAGACCGAACACUGGUCACAGCCGCCGGCGAUGGUGAAGUGCGCGUCUUCGAUAUUGAGUAUGCAGGAGCAGCGGGCACGGCAUCAAGAGCAUCGGCGUUGGCAACUGAGGGACGAAGAAGAGGACGAAACACUAUCUACAAUGGCGUGAGGUAUCUGAGCGAUGGAGACACAAACGCCAGAGUCUACAGGUCGCAUGGAGAUCGAGUAAAGAGGAUCGUCACAGAGUCAAGUCCGUAUCUGUUCUUGACUUGCAGCGAGGACGGUGAGGUGAGGCAGUUCGAUACCCGCCAGCCAAGCUCUGCAUAUCCUCCGCCUCGGAACUCACGAUUUGGGCCAGAGAACCCAGUACCACCUCCACUUAUCUCAUACAAACGAUAUAGCCUUGAUCUGAACACCAUCUCGUGCUCCGCCAGCCAGCCGCAUUACAUAGCAUUGGGAGGCGCUCAUCUGCAUGCUCUAUUACACGAUCGUCGCAUGACGGGCCGAGACAAGCUUCAAGAGAUGGGAAGGCCAUUGUCACCCAUAGAUCAGAUGUCAGCAGGAGAACAGGAGUUGAUGGCACAGGCUACUCAAUGUGUUCGAAAGUUCGCACCUCAAGGUCAGAAGCGAAUGAAGCGCGCGGAUAAUGGCCACAUCACUGCAAUCAAGAUCAGCGAUGCACGUCCUGAUGAAAUGAUUGUAAGCUGGAGUGGAGAUCACAUAUAUUCAUUCGACCUCGUCCGCGACUCCGAAGUUCCUGAUCUUGAAGGCAUCAGUCCACUACGUGAGCGAAAGUCGAAGGAAGGCAGAGAUCGCAAGCGAAAGCGUAAGGUCGAAGGUAGUGAUGCGUCACUGGCUAAAGAAGCCACCGCGUCCACGCGUCCGCGUACAGAGAAUGCCUCUGCAGACCCUACAGAUUCUGCCCUGCGAAUAAGAUAUCAGAAUGGCCAGAGCGAAGAGAUACCGCUACCGAAUCAUAUCAACCAGUACACCCCUCUGACCGAGCUCCAGAGGUCCGCUCAGAAGAUCGCAAAACAGACAGUCAACAUUCGAUCGAAACUUUUCAGCUCACCGGAAGCAGGCUCCGUUGCACCAUUUUCUGAAGCCCUUGGAAUAUGUGGUGCGACGCUGCUCGACAUGGACGAGAUCAUGACAAACUGGCGAUACCCUAUGGAGCCGGAGCCUGAGCAAGUGUACCUGCAACAGACCCUGCGACGCAGACGGGAAAGCAGUCGACGUUUUGUGCAGGCAUCAGGCACGCUUGCUCGUGUUCUUGGUGGCAAGCUGCGUUCAGUCUCUGGAGUAAAUCCGAUGAUCGCACAAUUUACAAAAAUUGAGGUGAGGCGUAAUGAUUUGGAGUUCCCGACUCGGGAACACUUCUGCUAUGAUUUUCUCAAGGCAAUACUUCUUUGGUUGGAUUCUGGUGUUGGCCAAUUGAUCGAGGGCUUUACACGACCCAGCGAUAUGCCAUCAUCAAGCAAAGCGGCCUCGCGUCUACCUGUGUCGGAAGCGGAUGCGACGCCAGAGGCACUUGAUGAAGACAUCAUACCAUAUCUCCUCCAGCUGGCAUCUGAUCAGCGCAUUGUUGAUGUGGAGGCCAAUCGGUUUGAAAGGAGCGAGAACAGAACUCUAUUCCAAACCGAGAAGCAAGCUGUCUUGGCUUUUGCCGCCGCCGUUCGCAUACCAUUUGCGGAUCUGUCUUCAGCAACGGUGCUAGCGGACAAUGAUGGCGAAGGGCGAAUCCAAGCACAAGAUCGCAAAACAGCACAUAAGUAUUGGGCACAGAGGGUAGCGCGAGGCGUACUUCUGAACGCGGGCGAGGGUGUCAACUUCAUUUACGUAGACCGCGCGUUUGGUGGGCUCGGACGUGUCGUUCGCGAGGUAACUACUGAAGAGGCACGGCUGGAACUUCUUCGCGACACCGCCAGCGAUGACGAAGGAGAAGAGGAACCAGCGGUGCGAGCGAUCGAAACCGUCGCACCAAAUGGCCAGGUGGUCGAUGGUGCCAACGCCGAAGACAUCACAGCAGCUGCGCAAGAGGCGCGGCGAGAGCGAAGUACUCCCCGUGCGACUUUCGAGCUGGACGAAGAUGAUGGGGAAGAGGUCGACGUCGUCCUCGAAGAUUGGGACGAAGCUGCUGAGGAGGGCGAGGAUGAAGAUGCAGAAGAAGAAGACGAUGAUGAAGAAGAAGAUGAUGAUUAUGACGACGAUGAUGACGACGAAAGCGAAGAGAUUGACCCUGAAUCAAGCUCAGAACCAGACGAGGAAGACGGCGUGCCCAACUUGGGUGCACCGCGCUACAUCUACCGAACGGCAUUUGAAAGGAGACGACUGCGACCAAGUGUGGAACCAGAUGUCCCCUGCUCAAAGCCUAUACGCAGGUAUCGUGGCCAUUGCAACGUGCGAACUGUUAAAGAUGUCAACUAUUGGGGCCCCGAUGACGACUUCGUGGUCUCCGGAAGUGACGAUGGCAACUUCUUCAUCUGGGACCGCAAGACUUCGGAGCUUGUCAAUGUCCUAGAAGGCGAUGGUGAAGUCGUCAACGUGAUUCAGGGCCACCCAUACGAGACUAUGCUUGCAGUCAGUGGCAUCGACCAUACCAUCAAGAUUUUCUCCCCAGAUGCUCGGGCACGCCAGGUCGCACCGAGCAACGGCGAGACAACUUCAGAGCCUGCUCUUCCUGCCGAGCGUCAGCGCGAGAUUGACGACGAUGACGAUUACGUGGCUCCGAAUGGGCUUAAUAGUCGGAAGCGGAUGCACGAUGCGUAUCGGAUCAUGCAAAGCAACAACAUGGAGCGUGAGGGAGGGAAUCAAGAAGCGGUCAUUACACGCGCAACACUUGCACACCUGGCAGAAAUGAUUCGACAGCAUCGCGCGGAGAGGGGCGAGAAUGCUGCAAUGGACGGAGCUCAGGGCCUGGUACUGGGUGAGAACUGC